AUGUCUGGAGGCUGGAACACUAUCGAGUCCGACGCGGGCGUCUUCACCUACCUGCUGCAGAACCUCGGAGCCAAGGACGUGCAGUUUGAAGAGCUCAUUGCCCUCGACCCCGACUCUCUGCGCCAGCUCAGCCCCGUCUACGGCGUCAUUUUCCUCUUCAAAUACCCCACCGACGAGAAGCCCUCGGCCACGCCCAGGGACGGUUCCUUCGACCACCAGGCCGCCGAAGACAUCUUCUUCGCCGCCCAGACAAUCCAGAAUGCUUGCGGCACCCAAGCUCUCUUGUCGGUGCUGCUGAACAAGGACGGCGACGUAGACAUCGGCCCACAUCUGCGCGAGUUCAAGGACUUCACCACGGCCUUUCCUUCCGACCUCCGCGGCGAAGCCCUCUCCAACUCGGACCUGAUCCGCGAGACGCACAACUCGUUCGCGCGCUCCUCCCCCUUCGUCGACGAGACGCAGCGCGCCGCCACGGGCGACGACGACGUCUACCACUUCGUGGCCUACACGCCCAUCAACGGGCAGCUGUACGAGCUGGACGGGCUGCAGCCGGCGCCCAUCUCGCACGGCGCCUGCACCGCCGACGACUUCCCGGACAAGGUCAUACCCGUGCUGCAGCGCCGCAUCGCGCGCUACCCGCAGACGGAGAUCCGCUUCAACCUGCUGGCCAUGGUGCGCGACCUGCGCAUCCGCGCCCGCGACAUCGGCGACGUCGAGUGGCUCCAGCGGGAGGAGCAGAAGCGCACGGCGUGGAUGUGGGAGAAUGCGCUGCGCAGGCACAAUUUCGUCGGUUUCGUCGGCGAGCUGGCCAAGGGUGUCGUCAAGGCGAAGGUCAAGGAGGGCACGUACGAUCAGUGGGUGGACGAGGCCAAGGCCAAGACGAGGCAACGCGCCAUGGAUCGCGCGGAGAAGGGGGCCCCGUCGGAGGCCAUGGACGCUUAG